GUCACCUCGAGAACCCUCGCAAACAUGGCACUUGUCUAUACGUGCUCAACGUCGCCGACAAGCGGUGACUUUUGGCUAGCGAUGAGGUUUUUUACCCUUGCUUGGCUUCUUCUACAAACCACUUUUGCUGUGAGGCCCCCUCUGGAUUUAUGCACUCCUGAUUUGCCGCACCAGAGAUUCCACGUUGGAAUCCUGUUUCUUUGUAUACGAGGCGCUGCAUCAGAUUUGCUGGUGCAGCAGCUGGAUCACCUGAAAACCGACGUGCUUCACUGCCACGACGACUUCUGCCUUGUGGACAAGUUGUGUCAAAGGGGUCAGCUGGAACCGGAAAUGGCAAAAUACCUCAGUGCCCACCUGAUGCGGGAACUUCGAUGCCUGGCUGAGUUUUGUACUACCCCAUCGGAGAACGAGCAGGAUGGUGGGGCGAAUAGCACUGACAUCGCUCAUUGCAGGAACAGUGUUGCGCUGUAAAAUACACUUAAAUAUGUCAACCGGAGAAACAGAAAGCGCAGCGAUUACAGAUAACGGUAACGGCGUGUUAUUUAAGUUUUGAAUCUUUGACAGCUGGCUUGAUCACGUUAAAAGUCACUCGCUAUAACACCUCAAUACCAUAAUGCCGUUCUGAGGCGAAUUUAUGGUGCUAAACGUGCGUUGUAACUCCGCCUUCUGGCUUUGACCAUCCAGAAACGUUGAAUAAAGAGGAAGAAUAUAUAAGGACCACAUUAUGAGCAUCUUGACGUAUUAAUCAAACACUGAUUAUACGUACAUAUAACUGCAGCAGAUGCAGGUGAACAUGAUUGCGACAUUCACAAUUCAAGCAUGCUUCCGACUUCAAAGAUUUAAGCAUGCUUUCGAAAUAAAUCAUUGGU